CUCUCCCCCUCCUGACACUGCCGGCGUCUCGCCCCACAACAGAGCCCUCCCGCAUGGCACCCACCUCCACCCUAGCACCCACCUUCCCCUCGGUGGACCUGCCCAGGACCCUCCUGAUCUUCGGGGUCCCAGCGGUGGUGGUGCUCAUCCUGGCUCUGGCCGCCCUCUGGGGCUUCCUGGCCUGCAAGAUGGGGAAGCGGAGGAGGAAGAGGAAAGCCGCGGACGAGGAGGCCGAAGCAAAAAUGGAUGCUGCCAGCCCCGGGCCCAGCCCAGGCUGCCAGGACCCUGCCCUGGGAGAUGCUGCCCUGGCCCUGGCCCUAUGCCCGCACCUCAACGGAAGCCUGAAGAUGCCGGGGCUGCCCGGGAAAGCUGGGGCAAAGCGGAGGCCGUGCUGCCGGGGUGAUGCCAACGGUGACAUCGUCCUGCUCUCCACCGUGUACCCCCAGCACGAGGAGUACAACCACGGCUUCCCGCUGCCCGCCACCGAGCUGGGGGCCACGGCCCUGGUCACCACCAAAACCACCCAGAACUGUGCCGGCGAGGAGAGAGCCUAA